CAUGCGCGGUCUAGUGGCCUGCUUCUAUUUACGUGGGGGGAGUUCCAAGAUGGCGGCGACGAUGAGGAGAGUAGUAGCCGAAGCAGCAGCGAGGGGAAGCUAGUGAGGGAAGGAGGGAGGCAACCCCGAGGAGGGACCGGAAGGAGGAGCCGGGGCCGGGUCACCGGGGAAGGGCCGGAGGAAGGGCCUGCGGAGGAUGGCGGAGCCUCGCCGGGUGCCGUUCAUCAGCCUGUCACCCCUGAGGCGCCGAGAAGGCGAGGCUCCGGAGCCCGGAGCGGGGCGCGAGGCCCUCAGGUCGCUGCCUCAGGAGCAGAGCAAGGCAGAGGCCACGGCGGCGGCGGCGGCGCCUGCGCCCUUCGAGCCCUGCCCUCGGACGGAGAGCAGCCGCCCCGAGCAGACGCCGAAGCCGCUGCCGCUGCUGCCCCCGGUGCUCCUGCCACCUCAGCGGGAGCCUCCCAGGCCGGAGCCGCCGCCGCCGCCGCCUCCUCCUCCUCCUCCGCCUCAGCCUCCUGGGGAGAACCGGCCAGAGGCCUCCUCGUCGCCGCCCUCCCCUUCGCCCCGCAGGACGGUCCGCCUGGAGCUGGUGCUGAAGGACCCCACCGAGGAGAGCUGCGUGGAGUUCAGCUACCCCGAGUUGCUGUCCUCUGGGGAGCCCCGGAAAAAGUCACCUGUCACUGAAAACCCAUUUAAUGAUGAAGAACGGGAGAGGCAUGAAGUGGAAAUGCUGGCUAAGACAUUUGAAACAAAAUAUGGUGGAAAGACUCACAAGCAUCGAAAAGAUCGUCUUCAAGAUCUGAUAGACAUAGGCUAUGGCUAUGAUGAAACUGAUCCUUUUAUUGAUAAUUCAGAGGCUUAUGAUGAAUUGGUUCCUGCAUCUUUGACUACUAAAUAUGGAGGGUUUUAUAUAAACACUGGAACUCUGCAGUUCCGCCAAGCAUCCGACUCUGAAGAGGAAGACUUUUCAGGAGGCAAAAAGCACAGACCACCUAAAGUGGCUAAACUGAAGGAUGAAGAGGACCAUGGCAUGAAGAAACGCAAACGAAAAGAUGAAGAAUCAGAUAAGGACAAAAAGCCUCGGAAAAUGAAAGUUUCUAAGCAACUAGGGGUAAUGGCCUUAAAUUCACACAAGUCAGAAAAGAAGAAGAAAAAGCUGUACAAGGAUUCUUUUUCUCUAGCUGCUAUGAUCCGGAAAUUUCAGAAAGAAAAAGAAGCGUUUAAGAAGAAAGAUGAUGAUCCUAAUCCCACAGCAUCUACUUCUAUACCUAAUAAGCUCACUGCUGCCCCCAUCACAGGUGAAAAUGAUGUGUCUGACUUGAAUCUUAGCAUCGCAGAUCCAGUUCUCUCAAUUUUUGGCAGCACAAAUGAACGUGAACUCCUACAGGAUGCUGAAAGUGCCCUGGAGAUGCUGGGAGACAUUGACUUUGAUAACUUUCUUGAUGGUACCUCCAAUGGUAGCCCAGUGUCUGAGCCAUCAGGGGAGAAUGGAAGUGCCACACAGCCCUCCCAAAACUCUGAGAUCCUGACACUGAAACAGGUGCCUGUCCUCCCAGAUGGUCUGCCAGCACAACUGGAAAAGCGUGUUGAAGACCUUAGAGUUGCUGCCAAGCUCUUUGAUGAAGAAGGCAGAAAGAAAUUCUUCACACAGGACAUGAAUAAUAUCUUGCUUGAUAUUGAGUUACAGUUACAGGAAUUGAAUCCUGCAAUCCGCAAUGGAGUAUACUCUCACCUUGAGGCUUUUGUGCCAUGCAAUAAGGACACACUGAUAAAGCGUUUGAAGAAACUGCACCUCAAUUUACAGGAUGACCGUUUGAAGGAACCAUUGCAAAAAUUGAAAUUGGCUGUCAGUUGUGUCAUGCCUGAACAACUAUUCAAAUACCAGGAAGACUGCCAGGCACACAGUCAAGCCAGGAAUGCCAAAAUGCAAGCAGAAGAUGAGAAGGACAAGAAUGGCUCUGAGGAAGAUGAUGAUGAAAAGCCAGGAAAGAGGAUUGCAGGACCAAGAAAGAAAUUCCACUGGGAUGAGACAGUGAGGGCUUUGCUAUGUAACCUUAUCAAAAUAAAACUUGGAUGUUAUGAGUUGGAGCCAAAUAAAACCCAGUCUGCAGAAGAUUACCUCAAGACCUUUAUGGAGACAGAGGUGAAGCCACUUUGGCCAAAAGGCUGGAUGCAAGCUAGGAUGCUGUUUAAAGAAAGCCGAAGUGUUCAUAAUCACCUCACCUCUGCUCCACAAUAUCUUGCAUUUACUAUACCAGUGGCUUCAGUGAUCCUGAACCCAUUUUGUUUAUUUGACACUAGUCCAAAGAAGGAACAGAGAGUCUGUGCUCCUUUUACUUCAGCUUGUGUUCCUGCUACAAGUACGAGCACUCCUAUCACUGCUUUGGCCAGUUCUAGCUGUAUCCCGGCUCCAGAAACAAUCUGUUUAGAUGACUCACUGGAUGAAGAUCUCUCCUUCAACCCACCUUCUUUGGAUUCUAUUUCUGAUGCCCUGGCUGUUAUUAAUAAUGGAGCCAAGAGUUCUUCUGUUGGGCCCUCUGUAGAAACACCAGCUUCAAGACCUCGGCCUGGGCUGAGAGAAGAGAAGUUAGCAAGUAUAAUGAGCAAAUUACCUCUGUCAUCCUCAAAAAAGGUAGAGACUGCUCAGUCACCACAUUCAUCAAGCCUUAUAGCUGGGCACACAGGACCACUACCAAAGAAAUCCCAGGAUUUACUUCAAACUGGUAUCUCUUCAGGCCUUAUUGCUGGCUCUUCAAUUCAAAACCCUAAGGUUUCCUUGGAACCUUUACCUGCCAAGCUUCUGCAACAAGGAUUACAGAGGUCAAGCCAAAUUCAAGCAGCUUCCUCUUCUCAGACCCAUAUUUCCUCUUCCUGCAAGGUCCAAGCCACAGCUUCUCCUGCUUCACAGAGGCCAAAGGAUACAGCUGUACUUGUAACCUCAUCAGAAGUUCAAAGUUGUGGUGCUUCAACAUUACAAGUGACAAAGGCUCAUCAGCAGUCCUCUGCUCAACAAAAAUAUGUAUCCCCUCUACAAGCAACUAUUAGUAAAUCUCAGACCAACCCUGUGGUAAAACUAAGUAGCAAUCCCAAACUCUCUUGUUCUUCCCCAGUUCCCAAGACUUCAGAUAAGCCAGUAGUAUAUCGCCUUCCUUUGUCUAACACCACUUCUGUGAGUAGUUCUCAAAUGGCUCAUCCACUUGUGUCUCGGACAACAUCUAGCACCUCUACCUCUAGUAACUAUUUAGCCAAGGCCAUGGUAUCACAAGUUUCUGCCCAGGGUUUCAAGCCUCCUUUCUCCAUGGCUCCCUCACCCAAACCUGCUGCCUCUCCCAAACCCACAGCACCCAAGCCUUCUGUAGCACUCAAGCCUACUACAUCACCUAAACUGUCCUCUUCUAAGUCCACCUCAACAUCCAAACCCCCUUGUUCUUCUAGUUCUUCCAGUUCAAGUGCACUAGUACCCCAGAGUAGUCACUCCAAUAGCAACAAUUCCCUUCAUAAACAGCCCAGUGGAGUAAAUGUCAGCAGACAAUCUCCUACAAUUAAUUUACUGCCCUCUAACCGCACCUCAGGCCUUCAACCAGCAAAGAACCCUCAUGCCCCUUCAAAAUUAUCCAACUCUUCUGCCUCCGGAACUGUCAGCAAAAAUAACGUGAGUGGAGUUGGAGUGAAUGUACCUGUCAACAGGGGCAGCAACCUUAAUUCAAGUGGAACUAAUAGGACUAAUCUGUCUGGAGCAGCAGGAAGUGGAACACAGGGUGCUACUAAACAAUUAUCAAUUCCACAUAGACCAUCCUCUGCCUCAGGGUCUACAGUUAUACCAGCCAGUGUACAGUCAACAACAGGUUCAUCAUUACUGGCAAAUGCUUCACCUUUGACUCUCAUGACAUCACCCCUGUCUGUAACUAAUCAGAAUGUGACAUCUGCCCCAUUGGCUAAUUUUGGGAUGCUGGGUAGCCUUGUUCCUGUGACUGUGCCCUUUCAGUUUCCAUUGGAGCUACUUGGCUUUGGAACAGACACAGCUGGAGUGACAACCUCGGGAUCUACCUCAGCGGCUUUCCAUCACAGCUUAGCUCAAAAUUUACUAAAGGGUUUACAGCCAGGAGCUCAACAUGCAGCAGCACUGUCUCACACACCUCUGCCUGCUCACAUGCAGCAAGCUUAUACAGAUGGAGGCCAAAGUAAAGGGGACACUAAGUUACAGAGGAAAACCCAAUGAUGCCCUGAUGAGCAAGGGAGUUAAAAUGGUUCUGCUUCGCUGAUGGAGACUGUCCAGUUGGGAACGUGCUUAUAUGGACACAGAGCUGCUGUUUCUGUCAAUGUUUACAUAUUCUGAUCCCAAGCACUGUGGUGAGAAGAAGAAAAAGAAAACAAUACUUGAUCAAAGAGAGAAAGAAAGGAGGAAAGUGUUCUUGUAAAAUCCAUUCAUAGUUUGAGCUCUCCUAAGGAACUCCCAAAGCCUUUUAUCAUUUCUGAGUGUCUCAGAAAGGGCUGGCCAAUAAGGUUCAGUUGUCAAACCUACAGCAGCACAAACCUUUUGGGCUGACAACAACUGGUAGAGGAUCUGUGAAAGGAAGCAAAAAUAGACUCUUCGUAUGCAAGGGAAGCCAUCCAUCCAUUUAGCAAACUGGAGGUCCCAGAGGCAUCUAUAGUAUAUACCAGUUAGGAAUAUUCUGUACAAUUUGAAUGGUGUGAAGUGAUUUGAAGAGCAAAAAUAAUGAUUUCUGUAGAAACAGAAUGGAAGAAAGCAUUUUCUCCACAUAAAACCAAAACCACUUGCCCACUAUUUCUCUUUGAAGAGCCUAGAGUUUACAAAUAUUUUGCUUUGGUAAUAUUCACCAUAGGAAAGAUCACUGAACACUCAGAAAUUCACAAGCUCUUAGGAAGGAAGGGUCAAGUUUGAUUUAAAUUAUUUAUUUCACUCCAAAUGUUCAAAUAUGAAAAAGAAAUACAUUGGCUUUAUCAGAUUAAAUCUUGUUUUCAGUAACUUCUGAAAUAAGACAUUUUUUGUGUGUCUUUAGGCUUGCUAUAAUAGUUCAGAGUUGCCUUAUUUUUAAUAUAUACACAAUCCAUAAAUCUCUAAUACUCAUCGUUUGUGAAGAUAUUCUUGUCUGUGACUGUUCCUGUAACUCUGAAAGUCAUACACUGUAUUGAUUCCCAACAAAUAAAAAUUGCAUAUAGCUUGCUUUUGUGCAA